UCCCGCUCGGCUGGUGCAUGAUGGAAGCAGCAUGGCUGCUCAUCUCUCCUUGACACAGUUGUCAAGUGCAAAUCCUGUAUAUGAGAAGUACUAUCGACAGGUUGAUCCAGGUAACACUGGAAGAGUUUUGGCCUCUGACGCAGCUGUGUUUCUAAAAAAAUCAGGCCUGUCAGACUUGAUUCUUGGAAAGAUUUGGGAUCUGGCCGAUACAGAUGGUAAAGGUAUUCUCAACAAACAGGAAUUUUUUGUGGCUCUGCGGCUUGUAGCCUGUGCACAGAAUGGAUUGGAUGUUUCACUGAGUAGUCUUAACUCACCUGUUUCUCCACCUAGAUUUAAUGAUUCCACUAGCCCUUUAUCAAUUGGAGGAGCACCAUUGGAUAUCCCAUGGGCUGUCAAGGUCGAAGACAAGGCCAAGUAUGAUGCUAUCUUUGACAGUCUGAACCCAGUGAAUGGGCUUUUGUCAGGUGAUAAAGUGAAACCUGUUUUGCUAAACUCCAAAUUGCCUGUUGACAUCUUAGGCAGGGUUUGGGAGCUAAGUGAUAUUGACCAUGAUGGAAUGUUGGAUCGAGAUGAAUUUGCUGUUGCCAUGUUCUUGGUAUACUGUGCUCUUGAGAAGGAACCUGUGCCAUUAUCCUUACCUCCAACAUUGGUGCCACCUUCCAAAAGAAAAGCUCUUAGUAUUCCCGGUGCAGGGCAGUUGAUGCCACCUUCAACAUCCAGCAUAGAUAUAGGGCUGCAGCCAUCCAAAGCACCAUUAACACAGUGGGUUGUAUCACCUACAGACAAAGUAAAAUACCAUGAAAUCUUUCUGAAAACUGAUAAAGACAUGGAUGGUUUUGUGUCUGGUGUGGAAGCUAGAGAAUUGUUCUUGAAGACAGGCCUGCCAUCUGCAUUACUUGCACACAUCUGGGCUCUCUGUGACACAAAAGACUGUGGGAAACUUUCAGAUGAGCAGUUUGCUCUGGCGUUCCAUUUCAUCAGUCAGAAGCUGACAAAGGGCACUGAUCCUCCUCAGGUGCUUUCUCCAGAUAUGAUCCCUCCAUCAGAGAGGAGCACGCUACAAAAGAACACACUAGGGCCAAGCCCUGUUGCAGAUUUUUCUGCAAUCAAAGAGCUGGAUACUUUAAGCAAUGAAAUAGUGGACCUUCAGAAGGAAAAGAAUAACGUGGAACAAGACCUCAAGGAAAAAGAAGAUGCCAUCAAACAGAGGACAAGUGAGAUCCAGGAUCUUCAGGAUGAAGUAAAAAGAGAGAGCAGUAAUUUGCAGAUGCUCCUGGCCCAGAAGGAGGAAGCAGAGGAAAUCCUUAAUGGUCUUGAUCAGGAGAAAGCCAAACUGGAAGAACAGCUUAACACCAUCAGACAGAAAUGUGCUGAAGAGGCUGAUUUGAUUGCAUCUCUAAAGGCAGAAAUAACUGAUCAGGAGUCCAAAAUUUCAACAUACAAAGAUGAGUUAAAUAAAGCUCAGGAGGAGCUUAUCCAAUUACAGCAGGAAACAGCAGAGCUAGAAAAAUGUGUAGAGGCAGGGAAGUUAGAACUGAGACCUCUUCAACAAGAUCUUCAGGUCUCCCAUCAAGAAAUUGCCUCAGUGCAAGACAAACUGCAUGAGCUCAAAGAAUUAGAAAGCAGCCAGUCUAAUUGGGAGGCUCAGCCACACAACACACUACUUAAUGGGAAUGCAGAUCAUUGUAGCCUCAGCAACAGCAGCAGCGAAACAGCAAACUUGAAUGAGAAUGCUGAAAGAGAGAGAGCAGAUACUGAACAACUGAAUCACGAAUCUCCUGUCAGGAAUAGCCCAGAAACAACUGUAGAAGCGGAAGAAGAAAAAGAGGUCCUGCCACCAGCUGUUACUGAACAAGAAGAUCCAUUUAAUGAAGAAUCUCAUCAGCUCUCUGAACAGACUGCAGAAUCCACUUUAGACUUCUUCGAGUCUGACCCCUUUGAUAGCGAUCCUUUCAGAGAUGACCCAUUUGGAAAGAUUGAUCCUUUCGGUGGUGAUCCUUUCAAAGGUUCAGAUCCUUUUGCUGCAGACUGCUUUUUCAAGCAGUCAUCCACAGAUCCUUUUGGAAGCAUCGACCCUUUCAGCGCAACCAGCAACAGCAGUAGUUCCACAAUAGAAACACUGGCACACAAUGAUCCAUUUGCUCCUGGUGGAACUACUAUGAUUGUCCCAAGCGAUCCAGCUACGGAUCCUUUUGCCUCUCUGUUUGGAAAUGAAUCAUUUGCAAGUGGUUUUGCUGAUUUCAGCACAUUGUCAAAGGCAAAUAAUGAGGAUCCUUUUAGUUCAUCUGCAACAGGCUCUAUGAACAGUGUGAUCAUAACUAAAAAUGUAUUUGAGGAACCUCCAGCCAAAAAUGAAGAUGUUCCUCCUGCAUUACCUCCCAAAACUGGAACACCUACCAGACCUUGUCCUCCUCCACCUGGAAAAAGACCUAUCAACAAAUUGGAGUCUUCAGAUUCCUUAAAACUAAACGACCCCUUUCAGCCCUUUCCAGGCUGUGAUGGUUCCAAAGAAAAGGAAGUUGAUCUCUUUCAUGACCCAUUUGCUCCCACUGGGGUUUGCAAAGAGAAGGACAACAGCAAUUUUGCUAAUUUCAGUGCUUAUCCUACUGAAGAAGACAUGAUUGAAUGGGCAAAGAGAGAAAGCGAGAGAGAGGAGAAAGAGCGACUUGCAAGAUUAAAACAGCAAGAACAAGAAGAUUUGGAACUAGCUAUUGCACUCAGUAAAUCUGAAAUAUCAGAAGCAUGAAGAGUUUGUCUUGCCUCAACCACUUUGUCCCCUUUCCCUGAAUAGCUAAGCUAUGUGUAAUUAGGCAUUAUGUAUAAACAGGGAAGAAAAAAAGGCUUUAAAGUCCUGCAAAUGUGAUUUUACUAUCUUAUUUGUAAUUUUUCAUAUUCACUAAUUCAUCUGACAUCUGAUAGAGCACACUUACAUC